AUGGAACUUCUACAGAUUUUCAGCUCUACAUCUGUACAAAGUUUAUUAAAAGUUCAUGAUCAGCUCUCAGAAAAUGCAAUUGCUUUCGAUGUGAAAGAUGAUCCUGUACCCGAGGAUUAUUCCUUUAAAGAUUAUGGAGAAGGAGCUGUGAAGAUUGUCCAUUUAGAGAAAACGACAGAACCAUUGGGUGCUACAGUCAAGAAUGUCGGUGAGUCUGUGAUGAUUGCUCGUGUGGUGAGAGGAGGAACUGCCGAUAAAAGUGACCUUUUACAUGAAGGUGAUGAAAUUCUUGAAAUCAAUGGAAUAGAAAUGAAAGGAAAAUCUGUAGACUAUGUCUCAGAAUUAUUGGCAGCAAUGACUGGAACAAUAACUUUUAUGAUUGUACCCAAUUGCAGCGUCUAUUCACAUAUACCCACCAACAAUAAUACAAUGCAUGUUCGAGCCUUGUUCAACUAUGAACCAGAAGAUGACGACUAUAUCCCCUGUCGUGAACUGGGCAUUUCAUUUUUGAGGGGUGAUAUUUUGCAUAUUAUUGAUCAGGAAGAUCCAAAUUGGUGGCAGGCAUACAGAGACAAAGAAGAUCAGCAGCACGUGUUAGCUGGACUUGUACCUUCUAAAAACUUCCAAGAACAGCGAGAGCUACAAAAACAAAUGGUUAUUUCGGAUACAAGAGAGUCAAAGAAAGGCAGGAGUUGGAUUUGUAUAAAGAAGAAUGAUAAAAAGAAGAAAAGGAAGGGGUUGUACAAUACGGUCACAAGAGAAGAAAUGGAAGAGGUGUUGACAUAUGAGGAAGUAGCACAAUACCUUCCAAAGAACCAAAUCGAAAGCGGCCCGUUGUCCUUAUUGGCCCAUCCAAUAAUCUGUGUGCUCAAUUUGCAUCCAGAGUCUUUGAGAAUCUUGAAGCAGUCUGAUUUGAAGCCUUAUGUUGUUUUUGUUCGACCAUCCAAUUUAGAAACCCUCAGACAAAAUCUAAGCAGUCAGGAAAUUAACUUACAGGACAACCAACUGAAGGACAUCAUAGAGAAAGCUCGUGAAAUGGAAGAUGCAUAUGGUCAUUAUUUUGAUUUCAUUAUAGUCAAUAGUGAUUUGACACAGGCUUAUGAUGAACUGAUUACUGAAAUCAACCGCCUUGAAGUGCAACCUCAAUGGGUACCACUUCCCUGGCUUGAUCGAUAA